AUGGCUCCAAGACUCCCCCACGCAAAGCUUGCAAUGAUUCAAGACAUAAUAUCGAGCAAAUCACUAACAACCUCAGAAAUGGCCAAAGCCGCUGAAUGUAGUAAACGCUCAAUUAUUAACAUCAGCAACAACCUUCGCUGGUUCGGAAACGUCAAAGCACCACAAACGCGUGUCGGUCGCCGACGAACCGUUACCCCUUCGAUGCUAGAAGCCUUGUGUGACCAUCUACUCGAAAAGCCCGGCCUGUAUGUGGACGAGAUGGCAAUCUUUCUGUGGGAUGAGUUUCGCGUACAGGUUACAAAUUCGAGCCUUAAGCGGGCUCUCGCUUCGGUGGGCUGGUCGAAAAAGGUGGCGAGACAGAGAGCCAAGGAACAAAAUGCCGAUCUGCGAGACUUCUACUUGCAUAAAUUGUCCGACUUUCAGUCACAUCACCUAGUGUAUGUGGAUGAAUCUGGAUGUGAUAAGCGGAUUGGCUUCAGACGGACAGGUUGGUCUCCCCUAGGCGUAACACCCUUGCAGGUAGCGAAUUUCCAUCGCGACCAGCGGUACCAAAUACUUCCAGCGUACUGUCAGGACGGAAUUGUCCUUUCACGUGUAUUCCAGGGCUCCACGGACGCUACGCUAUUUGCGGACUUCAUUGAGCAGCUACUUCGACAUUGCGGAAGAUGGCCUGAGCCGAAGUCAGUUCUAGUCAUGGACAAUGCAUCUUUCCAUCGCUCUAAUCGGAUUGAAGAAAUGUGCAGUGACGCAGGAGUCAAGCUGGUGUAUCUUCCACCUUACUCACCCGACUUGAAUCCCAUCGAGGAGUUCUUUUCAGAGUUGAAAGCAUUCAUAAAGAGAAAUUGGGUGCAUUAUGAGGAAGACACACAACAAGGGUUUCAGACAUUUCUCGAAUGGUGUAUUGAGGUUGUUGGGUCUCGAAAACAAAGUGCAUUGGGCCAUUUUCGACAUGCUGGUGUGGUCAUUGGACGAGGAGAUUAG